AUGCAGCCGCCGCAGCUGGCCCUGGUCGCCGGCGCCCUCGCCGCCACGGUGGCUGUCGCCGCGUCGCUCUACGCGCGAUCGAGAAAACGGCGGGACGACGACGAGGAGGAGGACGGGGGCGUCGCGCGGCACGUCUACCGCAUCGUGCUCACGGGCGGCCCCUGCGCGGGGAAGACGACGGCGCUCGCGCGCCUGAGCGGCUACCUCCAGGAGCGCGGCUUCCGCGUCUACAUGAUCCCCGAGAUGGCGACGGUCAUGUUCACGAACGGCGUCGCGUUCAGCGACCUGUCGAGCGACGCCGCCGUGCGGACCAUGCAGCGCGCGAUCCUCGACGGGCAGCUGACGCUCGAGGACGGCUUCGCGCGCAUCGCGGCCGAGACGCGCGCGCCGGCCGUGCUCUUGUGCGACCGCGGCGCCAUGGACGGGUCGGCCUACAUGCGGCGGGAGCUCUGGCGGGACCUGCUCCGGGGCUACUUCCCGCGCGGCGCGAGUCUGGAGCGCGCGGAGCGGACGCUCUGCGAACGCUACGACGCCGUCUUCCACCUCGUGACGGCCGCGGACAGCGCGGAGCGCUUCUACACGCUGGAGAACAACGCGGCGCGCACGGAGUCGCCCGAGGACGCGCGGGCCCAGGACUCGGCGACGCAGCGUGCGUGGGCCAUGCACCCGAAGCAGAUGGUCUUCGACAACUCGUCGGGCGAGCUCGGCUUCGAGGGCAAGCUCGAGCGCGUCGUCGACGCCGCGGCGAAGAUCGUCGGGCUG